GUAAAAAAUUAAAUAAGAAAAUUUUUAGCGUCGGCAAAAGUUAAGCUCCACGGAUCAAACUUACAUAAUUCAUAUUAAAACAGGAAUUUCUCAACUACGUCAUAACAAGUUAUAUUUUUCUUAAUUAGGUAUUUUUGCUUAAUGUCCGCUUUUAAUUUAAAUGGUCGCACGUAACUUCUAUAUUAACUUGUUAUUAAGAAACAUGACGACAAAAGUGAAGAAUUCUGGCAUUCAUAAAUUAACGAAUGUCACGUAGUGCACUAACAACAUUUUUAACUUUCACUUAAGCGGUAAUUUUAAAUAAAAAUAAUACGCGGCCUCCAAAAGAAAGCAAACAAAUCAAGUUCGCAACAUACGAGACGUUUUCUCUUUCGCGUAUGCAAAUGUUACAUCGAUGAAUUAACAAAACUCAGGAAAACCAGUCCGCCAAGCCGGUCAUCUUCUGAAAAAGGUGAGAAGCAUACCUGCCGGCACGGUAAUUAUUAAAACGUAAUUAUUUUUUAAGUCGCGACCUAGAAUCUGCGAGUGCAGUAAACGCGCCAACGCUCCCGAGACCGUUAGCAUAUUGAAUUACAAAUAUGUGAGGCGCGGACAGAAGCCGACCGCGGAGGAGGGCCGCGCAAGCCUUCAUCUAAUCGGUCGGUGAACCGUUUGUUUACCGGAGCCGGUACAGCAGCGGCCGCAGCAGCCGGCUGUAGGUCAACGAUGGUGGGAGGCGCGAGCGCCGCCGCAGCACCAGUCCGCAGCCAGCCACCAGCGCGUGCGCGUUCCUAGCAGACAUGGGUCUUACCCCGUAAACGAAUAACCGGUUCCAAAACAAAACGAAAGUGACCCAUUUUCUACUGUUGUGAAACAUAAAUAAUGACCAUUUAACUGUGUUUUACGAAAAAAUAUUACGUGAGAGUGUUCAAGAAAAGUGACACAUUUAAAGGAUUAUAUAUAAUUGUCGAGCGGAUGUCUCAAAACAUGGAAUAUUUUACCACGAGACUAGUCCGGCUGUUGCUGACAACUGUCACACUGGCCGUACUAGUAAAAGUCGUCAAUGGACAGUGCCCAUGGGAAGGAGCUCCAGCGCUACAAGCGGCCUGCGUAUGCGCAUACAAUCUAGCCAGAGAUUUAUCAGUGCAAUGUGAUCAGGUUGACUUCACUGUCCUCUUAGCGGCAAUAAAUACAAGCGCUCCUCGAGGAACAUCUAUAGAUCUUUUAUACAUAAAUAACUCAACGAUUCCAGUUCUCAGAAAUGACAUGUUUGCUCAUUUAAAGAUACACAAUCUACAAAUAUCCGGCUGUAAAAUAAGAAAGAUCGAAGAUGAAGCCUUUAAAGGACAAGGACUAUAUCUCAAAAAUUUAAAUUUACAAGAUAAUGAAUUGACUGAGAUACCAGUGAAAGCUCUGAAAAUAUUAAUAAACCUGUCUUUAUUAGAUGUUUCUAAAAAUCAUCUGAGCCACAUCGAAAAUCAUUCCUUCAUCACUUUACGUAAAUUAACAACGUUAAAGUUGUCAGACAAUAACAUAACUUUGGAGUCUCAUGCAUUAUCAGGAUUAGAAAAUUCAUUAAAAAAUUUGAAUCUCAAAGGCACUCGACAAAAGUCUGUUCCCGAAUGUAUAAGGGGUCUUCACAGCUUGGCUUUUUUAGAUCUGUCGCAGAACAGUAUCAGAGAACUCCCAGGACCUGAUGGCAGCAGCACAUUCGAAGGCUUAGAUUCGCUAACAGCUCUUAAUUUAGAAAGAAAUCUUAUAGUCAAUUUACGUGAAGAUGCCUUCGAGGGUAUAAAAUUAACUCUAAGUUCAUUGAGUCUUCUUAACAAUUUACUACCAGAAUUUCCAACUUCGGCUAUUGCAACACUAAGUGACUUAAGAGUAUUAGAUAUAGGUUUUAAUUUAUUGAAUAAAUUGCCAGUGGAUGCGUUUUCAAAAAAUUCGGCGAUUACGCUUUUAGCAUUAGAUGGGAAUCCAUUGCCAACAGUAUCGGUCGAGGCAUUUGCUCAUCUCAAUCAAACUCUUCGAGGGCUCAGCUUAGGAGGUAGAUUUUUAAACUGCGAUUGUCGCUUACGUUGGAUUAUAGAAUGGAUACGGAACGGAGAGCUACAAGUCACUUCUCGGGAACGAAACCCCCAAUUUUGUGGUUCACCGCCUCAUUUUCGUGAACGAGGAUUUUAUAGUUUCGAACCUAACGAAUUAGUAUGUGAACAUGAAACAACUACAUUACCCGAAAAGAAAACAACGGUAAAAAAAGAAACCUCUAAUUGGAAGAGUAGUCCUACAACAAUUGUAUCAUCUACAUCAACUUCUAAAGAUUAUUUAAAGACAUCACCUACUGUUUCGACCACCACUACAACUACAACUACUACUACUGCUGUAAAUGACAAUGAAACAACAACUAAAAAUUCAACUUCAACUACUACCAGCACUAUUCGGCCCACUCGAAUUCCAUCUUUAAGGCCCGCAGCUCCAACAUGGCGCCAUGCACCUAACCAACGCCCGCCACUUGUGAUGAAUUAUCCACAACAAAAACAAAAGAUAGAUGACUCCAACGAGGUUAUUGUUAAGAAUGCAUAUAGACAAGACAAUUCGGUCAUCAUUCAAUGGGAUUCCGAUGUUGCGAAUAUACUUGGUUUUCGGGUCGUAUACAGACUCUUUGGCGAUAAAAGCUUCAAACAAGGACCACCUCUGGAGGCUAGUGAAAGAGAAUUUAAAAUAAAGAAUGUUCCUUCCCAGGAAUGUAUCGUGGUCUGCGUGAUCUCCCUGGAGGAGGUACACGUGAGUCCAGAGACAGUUCCGUACUCUCAAUGUCGAGAAGUGCGAACGGUUUCAGCCGCAGCCUCCAAUAUGGACAAGAUCACGAUAGCGGCUAGUGCAGCUAUCUGCGGCACAAUUGUCGUAGCAGUGCUCGUCUUUGCGGCAGCAUCACGUCGUCGCUCACGCACCGUUCACCGCCUACAAGCCCCUGAGAAACUACCAAACGCCUGCUGCGGUGGUCUGACAGGAACGCCGAGUCCCAACGGACCAUUAUCAUCAUUAGCGACCCUGGGAGCAUUUGGAAAACAGCGUGAGUGGGAUCAAGUGUCAGCUUACAGCUCACGGUCGAUCCCUCGCGCACGCACUUUUACCGAACCGACUCACCCUGAUCCCUUACCAGGCCGACCCGGCCGAGCGCGAUCCCUCGCCGAUGGCCAAUCACAACAUAGUUAUUCCCACUCCGGUCGUUAUGGAGUCCCUGGCUACCCAAGUAGCUUGUUAGGAUCUAGAACCGAUCUGCGGCAAUCACGUCAGUCGUUAGGAGCGGCAUCAGAACGAGCAUCGCGAUUGUCUUUAAGCGGCGCAGCAGGCGGGGCUACGGGUGGUACCGCCGGUUCCCGAAGACGACCGCGUUCACGGUCGCGGCCAGCUAGCCGGUACAGCGUCGGCUCGCUCGGGAUGGGCUACUGCGACACCUCAGACAACUGGACGGAUCAUGAUAUGGACAUCUAUAUGGCGCGCAACCCCACGACAAGAGGCGGCCUGGUGCCGUUAUAGCGCGCGAGGACUACGGCGCGGACAGGAGUGACAUCGCGCGGACGCUGCUCGCCAUCGUCGAGGAACAAGACGGCCUACACCUCGUGGUGUGCACAUAAAGCUCAACCGCGUGCGCAUUAUCACUAUCACCGUUUAAGCCGAAAUCAACAUGAAUUAACAUUAUGUAAACGAAGUCCUCCUUAGAUAGGACUGAAUCAAGGUCGGACUAUUAGUCCAGGAACAACUGGCAAUAUAAUAAAAUACAAAUAAUAUUGUAUUUUGUUACCGCUAAGUAACCAUUGGUUCGGUUGGUGAAGACUGAUGAAAUUGGUGCUUGUUUAUAAGAGUAACCUUUUGUGUAUAUAUGAAGGCUAUCAGAAAACUAAGCAAAUAAUGAUACCAGAAACAUCCAAUUUGAAUCUGAGCAUGUGAGACAUUUAUAGUAUUGUAUGUGUUAUACCAACUUUACUUGUAUUUUGAAUAUUGAUUACUAAAUUCUUAAGUGACGUUAGCACUUCAGUUGUGCUAACAUCACACUAACUGCAAUUCUAAAAGAAAUCAUUAUUAUCAUUUAACUGUUGAAUCUUGUUGAUUUUUUUUCUUAAAAGUUAGUCAAUAAACAACUGCGUUUUAACAAAUAUUAUAAAUAUUCUUUUGAAUGUUCAUCACUGAACUGCUUCAAGAUUUUUAUUUAAUUAAAACUAGUCACAGUUGUUUUUUCAUCCAACUUUCAAUAUUCAAAAAUUACUUAGGUAGUUGAAUUGGUCAAAAUUUAUGUAUUAUUUUAGUAGUAGAUAUAUUAUAAAAGUUACUACACCCAAAUAAGUAGAUUAUGUUAUAAUUAAAUAUAAGAUUGUACAUAUUAGGUAUAUAAAUUAUUACAAUUACUUGAUUUUUUUUUUCUACAGCUAAAUGCAAAUGAUGCAUAAUCCAAAUGGUGCUAUUUUACUUUAAAUGAAAAGUUAAAAUAAUUAUUUACUUAUUGAAAGUUAAAUUUUAGCAUCAUUUGUUGCUAUAGAGAUUCUAUUUAAAUUUGCAAUGAAAUUAUAGUUUUUAUUUAAUACUUAGGAUGGAAAAUCAGGUGACUUUCCUUACUUUGUUAUUUAAGUGUUUUAAAAUUCUUAAUUAUAAAAAAUAUUUCGUUAUCUUUAGUGUAUUUCAUUUCUUAUUUUCCUUAUUAUUUUGUAUUAAGAAACAACCAGUUAUUUUGGAUUGUCUACUAAGACGACAUUUUUUUUAUACCACGAGGGUGACAACUGCCAACCCUGUUUACCCUAUGGAACUAACGAAAUAUGUGAAUGUGACACUGUCAGAAAUUACAGUUAAGCGGCCUACUGACAUCCCUGCCGCAGGGACAAUCUAGCGUGCACGGUGUUUGGGGCAAUAUCGGCUUGUCUCUACACACAUGCCUGCUGUUCAGUGUUAAGCUAAACACAGGUGUUGAUGAUAGUCACCGUGAAAUCAAAAAUCAGCAGAUUGGUAGGUAGGGCCUUGGCUUUUUCUAUGGUGUUUAGAGCAAAAAAGGAAAUACUGGGUGAAGAAUUGGCAACAGAAUGAAAUGUAUUGUAAAUAAAUAAUGUUUAUAUUACUACAAUAAAUUCCACGCAGACCUGGCAGCAGACGGGACUCGAACCCACAUCCUUCGCUAUCCGGGCGAAUGCACUGACCAAUUAUGCUACCGCGGCCCUAUCAGCCGUAUCAAAUUCUUUCUAGCCUUUCUUAAGCUGCAAGGCAGCGCCAUCUCUUUGCAUUGUAGGUAACCCACAAUAUCAAAUGAAUACCUUUACAAGUAUUAAACAUUUGAAAGAAGAAAUAGCAAUUAAGGUUAUAAUUUUAAUUUUUUAAGCAUGUAACUGCAUGAUAUUUUAAUCUAAAGAAAAUAUUACAAAAAAAAAA